GGCGGAGGCGGGGCCGCGGCAGCGCCCGGUGCCGGGGCUGUGGGAGCGCAGUGGCCCCGCGAUGUCGGCGGGGGCGGCGCGGAGGGACCCCGGCCCCGGGGGCGAGCGGCGGAUCAUGUGCAUGGGGUUGGUCUGCCUGGACAUCAUCAGCGUGGUGGAGGCCUACCCGGCCGAGGACUCGGACACCAGGUGCCUAUCUCAGCGGUGGCAGCGUGGUGGGAACGCCUCCAACUCCUGCACAGUGCUGGCACUGCUGGGAGCCCCUGUCUCCUUCAUGGGCUCGCUGGCCCCCGGCCACGCCGCCGACUUCAUCCUGUGCGACCUGCGGCGCUACGGGGUGGACGCGCGCCACGCGGUGCGGCAGCGUGACGGCAGCCUGCCCACCUCCGUCGUCAUCGCCAGCGCCUGCCGCGGCACCCGCACCAUUCUGCACGCCCACGGGAACCUGCCCGAUGUGACGGCCCAUGAUUUUGAGAAGGUCGACCUCUCCCAGUACAAGUGGAUCCACUGGGAGGCCCGGAACGCGGCAGAGCAGGUGGAAAUGAUGCGGCGGGUGGAGCGGCACAACCGGUCACGAGAGGCGGGAGAGCGGGUCCGCACCUCGGUGGAAGUGGAGAAGCCGCGGGAGGAGCUCCUGGAGCUGAUGGGGCUGGGGGACGUGGUUUUCAUCAGCAAGGACCUGGCCCAGCACUUUGGGUACCAUUCGGCCCCCGAGGCGCUGCGGGGGCUGCGCAGCCGCGUGCGGCCGGGAGCCACGCUGAUCUGCGCCUGGGCUGAGGAGGGGGCCGAUGCCAUGGGGCCCAACGGGGAGCUGCUGCACUCAGAUGCCUUCCCCCCGGAGACCCUUGUGGACACACUGGGGGCUGGGGACACCUUCAACGCUGCAGUCAUCUUCGCGCUCUCAGAAGGGAAGAGCCUGCAGGAUGCCCUGACCUUCGGCUGCCAGAUUGCGGGCAGAAAAUGCGGGAUCCAGGGCUUCGAUGGCAUAAUCUGAGCUGGGCACCUGGUGCCAGGAGACUCCCACAGCCCGGGACACCUUGCCCCUCACUGCACCCCACACCCCCCACCCUGUUGCAAAUAAACACACACACACA